AUGGGCUGGCUGGACAGGGGAAAAUAUCCUGGAAGAUUUGUAUUUCGCCGACGAUGAUGAUUUAUGUGUGAUGUGUUGUAGGAGAAACUUGAAGAUGUAGAGGUGCAAACUAACAAGUUGGGAGAAGAGGCAGUGUAGGGCAGGGAAGAUGGGAGUUCAAGUGAAGGUGGAGAAGACAGAGUUGAUGAAGGUGCCCAACCAACGCCAUAACCAUCACCAACAACAACAGCAACAACGAACUGCAAUCAGCGUGAAGGGGAGGAACUCGAAGGAAGUAGUCUCUUUCACCUACCUACCUUCCUACCUACCUACCUGCCUACCUACCUACCUACCCACCACCCCUAACCUACCUACCACCCCUAUCCUACCUAGGCAGGCAGGCAGGCAGGCAGGCAGCAUCGUUUCAACUACAGGUGGUGGCGACACACAUGAGGAUGUAAAAACCAGUCUGCAUCGGAAAGACAGCAAGACAGGCGUUCUUCAUUCACCUGAAGCCAGUGUGGAGAUCUUCUGCACUCACCAUAAAGCGUGAACAACAUCCGGAUUUUCAACACUCAUGUCAGUCAAGUAAAUCAGUGCUUCUAUGUGAUGGUUGAGAGA